CUGGGCCGCUAGCAGAUGUUACUCUAAAGCAGUGCUGGUCAGCGUCCGCCGGUCGCUGGGGGGAAAGAGCGAGGAAGAGGAAAGGACAAAAGCCGGGGACAGACCGUUAUAGGGAGAGGGAGGAGAAAGAGAAGGGGAGGAGGGAGAGAGAGGAGCACGAGGGAAAGGACGGGGUGAAGGGAGAGGACUCCAGCAUCCGCUGUCACCAGACCGGCUGCCAUCCUGCCUUCCCGAAGCAGCGGGACUCUCGGAUGCCCGGCGCCUGGGAAUCUGCAUCAGCAUGACGAGUGAUUCCCGACCGUGAGUCCGGACAAGGAGCCGGAGCCGUACACCGCCCAUGGAGUGGUCCUGCAGAGAGGGUUGCCAGGUUUGGCUCCGGGUGGCCAAUCAACUGUUGCCCAGCCGGGUUACGAGCGUCUCUGAUGGCAUUGUGCACUUCACCACAGACUACGGAGAGGAAUUCUCCCUGAAGGCUCCUGUGACCCUGGAGCUUGCCACGCCGAUGCACCAGACCAGUGUGGAUGGGACGGACGACAUGUCGAAUCUCGCUGACCUGCACGAGUCCAGCAUUCUCUACAACCUCUUCCUGAGAUACAGGCAGGAUAAGAUCUACACGAACAUUGGCUCGAUCCUGACAGCAGUGAACCCGUACAAACACAUCGAGAGUCUGUACAGUGCCAGCAUGGUCAAUCUGUACAGUGGGCACCAACUUGGAGAGCUUCCACCCCACAUCUUCGCCAUCGCCAACGAGUGCUACAGGUGCCUUUGGAAGCGACGGGACAGCCAGUGUGUGCUUAUCAGUGGGGAGACGGGAGCAGGCAAGACGGAGAACACCAAGCUGCUGCUUCAGUUCCUGUCGGUCAUGAGCCAGAAGUCCCUUGGAGCCUUGGCCCACGAGAAGAGCACGCACGUGGAACAGGCCAUUCUGGAGAGCAGCCCAGUGAUGGAAGCCUUCGGGAAUGCCAAGACUGUUUACAAUAAUAAUUCCAGUCGAUUUGGGAAGUUUAUCCAACUUCACUUCUCUGAGAAUGGGAAUAUUCAAGGAGGAAGCAUUGUCGACUAUCUGUUGGAAAAGAACCGAGUGCUGAGACAGAACCCAGCCGAGAGGAACUUCCACAUCUUCUACGCACUGCUGGCUGGGAUGGAGCCUCAGCAGAAAGAGGACCUGGGGUUGGCGGGGACCGUGGAAUCCCGGUAUCUCCAGCAAUCGGACGGAGCGUCGGCGGAGAGUCAGGAGGACAAGCUACUGUUUGAGAAAGUGAUGGGGGCUCUGCUGGUGUUGGGCUUCAGCGCUGAGGACGUGAAGGAUGUAUUGAAGCUCCUGUCGGCCAUCCUGCAGCUCGGAAACAUCGAGUUCAUCACCGCUGGGGGUGCCCAGAUAGUUAACAAGGAAGUGCUGAACACUCUCAGUGACCUUUUGGGAUUGGAUGCUGACCAGUUGGCUGAGGUCCUGACACAUCGUUCGAUGAUCCUGAGGGGUGAGGAGAUUAGCACACCUCUGACCACAGAGCAGGCUGCGGAUUCCCGGGAUUCCCUCUCCAUGGCUCUCUACUCCCAGUGCUUCUCCUGGAUCAUCGGGAAGAUCAACAAUAAAAUCAGAGGGAAGGACAACUUCAGAUCCAUCGGCAUCCUCGACAUCUUUGGCUUCGAGAACUUUGAGAUCAAUCGAUUUGAACAGUUCAACAUCAACUUUGCUAAUGAAAAGCUGCAGGAAUAUUUCAACAAGCACAUUUUCUCCCUGGAACAGCUGGAGUACAACAGGGAAGGAUUGAGCUGGGAAGCCAUUGACUGGAUGGAUAAUGCCGAAUGCUUGGACCUGAUUGAAAAGAAGUUGGGGCUUCUCUCUUUGAUCAAUGAGGAGAGUCGUUUUCCUAAGGGCACCGAUGUUACUCUGCUGGAGAAACUACACGGCCAGCACGCGAGUAACCCCUUCUACGUGAAGCCACGGGUAAGCGACUGUCAGUUUGGGAUCAGACAUUACGCUGGGGAGGUCAUGUACGAUGUAUACGGAUUUUUGGAGAAAAACAGAGAUACGUUUAGAGAUGAUAUUCUGAACCUUUUAAAGGAUAGCAGUUUGGACUUUAUCUAUGACUUGUUUGAGCAAGUUUAUAGCUGGAACAGUGACGGUACCCUGAAGAUGGGAACCCAGAGGAGGAAACCCACUGUCAGCUCUCAGUUCCGGGACUCGCUACACUCACUGAUGGCAACACUCAGCCUCUCCAACCCUUUCUUCAUCCGCUGCAUCAAACCCAACACGCACAAGGUAGCGGCGAGGUUUGACGAGAGAGUCGUUCUGAAUCAGCUCCGUUACUCUGGAAUGUUAGAAACGGUGAAAAUCCGGCGAGCAGGAUUCCCGGUCCGAAGGCCAUUCCCGGAGUUCUAUCUGAGGUACAAGAUGCUGCUGAAAAACCAGGAGGUUCCUGAGGACUGGAAAUCACGGUGCCUUGUUCUUCUCACUCAGUGUGGCGGCUGUGACUCCCUGUGGCGGAUGGGCAAGACCAAGGUAUUUCUAAAGGAAGCCCUGGAACAGCAGCUGGAGAAGGGCCGAAUGGCAGAGCGAAACCGAGCAGUCGUGAUCCUGCAGGCGAGCAUCCGGGGCUACCGUGCAAGGAUGCGCUAUCGGACGAUCCUCGCCAGCCUGGUGGUGAUUCAGAAGAACUUCCGUGCCCACUUCUGGAGGCAGCUGUUUCUGCGUCUGCGCUGGGCGGCGCUGGUACUGCAGAGUCACCGGAGGGGACAGCUCGCUCGGAGGCUGGCCCGGCACCUCCUGGAGCAGCGGAGGGCGGAGGAGGCGCGGAGGAUUGAGGAGGAGAAACGCAGGCACGAGGAGAUGCGGAGGCUCGAGGAGGAGCGGAGGGCUCGGGAGGGGCAGAGGGAGUGCCCGCUCGAGGACGAGGGGCUGCAGAUUGACAAUGGGAACAGCCGGCUGACGCUCUCAGAGGGACGACUGUCCUCCAAGCAGGGCAGGCAGGAGUCCCAGCAGGGUCGGGAGCCGGUUGACCUGGCGGCAGCAGAGAGCCGUCAGAUGGAGGAGAUCGUCCGGCUGGAAAACGAGAUUCAGAGGCUGCAGAGCCAGCAGGGAUCAGGCUGCGAGGGGGUGAAUGGCCUGUCCCAGAGCGAGGAGGAGAGCCAAUGCCAGGACGAGAUCCUUCACCUGAAGGAAGAAUCUUCCCGAGUGACCCAGGAAUUCCUGGAUCUGCUGGACUUUGGAGGACUGGAUGAGAAUAGGCAGCGUGGUGAAGCCAGUGGUCUGGAUGCCAGCUCCACGGUACAAGAGGGCCAUGAGAGGCCAGCGGUCACUUCGUCUGGCACGGGCGCCAGCUGCCCCCAGCACGGUGUGCCCGCCGAACUUCCAGUGCCCAGCGGGAGCGAGCCCAGGCCCGGCUCCGCGGAGCCGGGGGAGGUCGGCUGGACGUCGGAGGGCUGGUCAGAUGGGAAGGGGAUCUACAACCCUGUGCUGGGGUCCCCCGACACCCACGUAGACGAGGAGCCCAUCUACAGCCUGCCCCCGGACGUGGAGUCUGACUAUGACCACGAUGAAAUGGAGGAGACAGCGGUGGGAGAGGGAGCCGACAGCCAGGAGGGCCUGAAACCGUCGCAGAGCGUGGAAACGUAUUCACAAGGGUCCGAUUUGGCAGUGGACAGUGAGGAGGAACUCGACCUACAGGUGGACACCGACGAGGAGCUCAGCGCACACCGAAGAACAAAGCACCUCAUCUCUGGGAACCCGUACUUCCACAGUUACCUGUACAUGAAAUGUGGGCUGAUGAACCCGUGGAGGAGGCGAUGGUUCGUGCUGAAGGACGGCACGUUGAUGUGGUUCCGGGCCAAACAGGAGGCGCUCAAGUCAGGCUGGCUCUACAAGAAAGGGGGCGGCCUCUCCACCCUGUCCCGCCGCAACUGGAAACGCCGCUGGUUUGUACUGCGGGGCGGGCGGCUGCUCUACUUCGACAACGAUGCCGAGGACCGGCUGAGGGGCAGCGUCGACGUCCGAGGGGCCAGAGCUAUUGUGGAUAAUGUCGAGAAGGAGAACGCUCUGGAUGUGGUGACGAGCGAGCGAACCUAUCACAUUGUAGCAGAGUCACCCGAGGACGCCAGUGAUUGGUUCCGUGUGCUGAGCGGGGUUCACAGUGCGACACAACAGGAGCUGAGAGAGAUGCGGCACGAACUCGCCAACCCGAAGAAUGCCAUGGGCACCGUGGAUGUGGGGCUCAUCGAUUCUACCUGUGCAUCUGAUAACCCUGACAGACCAAACUCUUUCCUGAUAAUCACGGCCAACCGGGCGAUCCAUUGCAACGCCGACACCCCCGAGCUGAUGCACCACUGGAUCACGCUUCUCCAGAGACCCAAGGGCUACGGCAGCGGAGGAGACGUCAUCGUCCGCGGCUGGCUAUACAAGGAGGUGACCAGUCUGGGACGUGUGGCCUCACUGAAACUGCGGAAGCGCUGGUUCCUGCUGAACAACAACUCCCUGGAUUACUACAAAUCCCCAGAGCACUGCGGCUCCAAACUGGGGACGCUGGUCCUCAACAGCCUCUGCUCCGUCAUCCUGCUCGGAGACGACAGCACCUUUCGAGAGACAGGUUACUGGCACCUAGUUGUGCAUGGCAGGAAGCACACCUAUCGCCUUUAUACAAAGCUACAGAACGAGGCCACGUGCUGGGCCUCCGCCAUUCAGAACGUUAUUGACAGCAAAGUUCCCAUAGAAACACCAACCCAGCAGCUGAUUCGUGAGAUCAAGGAGAACAGUGCGAACGGGGAGAUCGUGGAGCAGACGUACCGAAGGAACCCCAUCCUGAGGUACACCCACCACCCACUCCACUCACCGCUGCUGCCCCUGAUCUACGGAGACAUCAACACCGGAUUGCAGAAGGACAGGGGCUACACCAGUCUGCAGGACGAGGCGGUGAGGAUAUUCCAGUCGCUGCAGGAGCUAGAAACGGUGGCUGAUCCCAUCCCCAUCAUCCAAGGAAUUCUGCAGACCUGCCAGGACCUGAAGGCUCUCCGGGAUGAGGUCUAUUGUCAGCUCAUCAAACAGACCAGCCACGUUCCUCAGCCCAACAGUCCAGGGAACCUGCACCUCUUCCAGCUGCUUGUCUGCAUGGGCUGUACCUUCCUGCCGGGGCGUGCCAUCCUCCACUACCUCUGCUUCCACCUCAGGAGGGUGAAGGAGCUGUUUGCUGGUACUGAGAUCCACAAGUACGCCCACUUCAUCCUGGAGUCGCUGAAGAAGACCAAGCUCCGAGAGUUUGUGCCAUCUCAGGCUGAGAUCCAAGCUCUAGUCAGCUGCCGCGAGAUGUCAACCACGGUGUACUGCCAUGGCGGGGGCUCCUGUCAAAUCGUCAUCAACUCCCACACCACCGCCGGCGAGGUGGUGGAGAAGUUGCUACGCGGUCUGGCGAUGGAAGACAGCCGGAACAUGUUCGCCCUGUUUGAGCACCAGAACACUGGGGACAGGGCCAUUGAGAGCCGUGUGGUGGUCGCCGACGUCUUGGCCAAGUUCGAGAGGCUGACGGGCAAGGAGGAACAGGAGCAAAGCCCCUGGUGUCUCUACUUCAAGCUUUACUGCUUCCUGGACGUGGGGAGUGUCUCUAGGCACGGGCUGGAGUUCGUGUUCAUGUUCGAACAGGCCCAUGAAUGUUUAGUCAGUGGACACUUCCCUGCCCCAGAAGAUACCCUACAGCUUCUAGCUGCCCUGAGGCUACAGUAUAUCCACGGAGACUACACAAAGGUCUCCCUGAACCUCCAGGAAGUCUACCCCGUCUCCAGGCUGAGGACCAAGAUUUUCCAAGCCACUAAGUCCAAUUCACAGACACUGGAGAAGAGAAGGACCAGUUUCCUGGAAGGAACUUUGCGCCUCAGUCUCCGCACAGGCUCAAUGAGGAAGCAGAAGAUAGAGGAGGAACAGAUGUUGGAGAUGUGGAUGAAGGAGGAGAUGUCGGCCACGCGGGCCGGCAUUGUGGACAAGUGGCUGAAGCUCCAGGGCAUGGCGCAGGAGCAAACCAUGCUGACAUACAUGGACAUCAUGAUGGAGUGGCCUGGCUAUGGCUCCACACUCUUUGAUGUUGAGUGCAAGGAGGGUGGAUUCCCCAGCGACCUCUGGCUGGGCGUCAGUGCGGAGAACAUUUCCAUCUACAAGCGGGGAGAUGCAAGGCCACUGGAGAGAUUUCGGUUCGAGGAAAUUGCCGCCUUUGGAGCCCCACUGCCCAACACCUACCGGCUGACGGUGGGGAACCGGGAGAUGUUCUUCGAAACCGCGCAGGUGGCUGAGAUCACCAAGAUAGUGAAGGCCCACAUCAGCAGCAUCGUGACGCGGAGAUACAGCUCGCAGGUAGCAGCCAUCGCCCGCAGAGACACCAGUGCCCAGACCAGAUGAAUGGAACAUCAGCACCUUCACCUCAAGUACCACCUCCCCUGUGCUGCAAUGACCGAGUGCUCUGCAAUGGUGGCCGAGUCCACCAACCAUGUGGCUCAAUGGACUCUUCCUGUGGGCUCUCUAAUGGCUAUGCCAGGGCUGUAGUUCCACUCCUGAACUGGGGUGGCGCUGUCUGCAGUAGGGGUGGUGCUUGCCAUGGAAUUGCAACACUGCCGCUGGCAUCGCCAGCCUGUGGGAGCCUGAAGUCUGGGUGCACUGGAACAUUGAUGAGUGGUUACAAUCCCUCCAGCUGGUUAACAUAGUCUGCUUGGCUAUGACCAUGUGAAGUUGGAGUUACUGGGGGACCAAUGGCCAGGGUGUAAUGUCAGCUUCCCGUGCAGAUGGGUUGACCAAUAAGUCGGGCAGUUGGGUCGCGUCGGGUGGUCCAGAGGACUUCCAGUGUGCGUGGGGGAAGGAGGAGAUGGGCACAGCUCAACUGGCCCCAUCUUUGGCAUCUCACAGUCCUCAACCCCAGCACAAAGCGGUGGUGUUGCCAACAGAAAAUGUAGUACAGGAAGAAGGGGCCGAUUGGCAGCCUGCCCUCCUUCACUGUAUGACUCACUAUCCUUAUUAAGCACUUCACCCUCACACCCACUGUCCUGACUCCUCUCUGAACCGCCGUCCUCUGCUUCCUAUGUGUUUUUAUAAACCAAUAUAUUAUUUAAUAUCUAUACAGAGAUCAAUGGAGAUGGAGUAAUUGUUCAUCAUGUAAUGACCAAAUAUUCAGAAUGAGAGUUUUAUAAAGGAGCUUUUCCACUCAGAAAUACAGAUUAGAACCGUCUGAACUGUUUGUCUGUUGAUUUUGUAGCUUUUAAGUUUGGGAUGGAAGCAGUGGGGGACACAAUGUUAGAUGACAGCCUUGAUACCAUCAGCCUGCUCUGCUGUUCCGCAGACCAAGGUUUCAUAAUGGUUCAGAGCCUGCCUGUAUACUCUGUGCCUCUAACGGUAAAUUCCAAAACUGCGCCUGCCUUGUUAACUACAUGUGGGGUGGCACGGUUAGCACAUACAUCACUAUUGUAGUGCCAGCUGUAAGACUGAGGUUCGGUUCCUGCCGCGGUCUGUAAGAAGUUUGUCUGUUCUCCCUGUGAGUUUCCUCCAGGUGCUCCAGUUUCCUCCCACAUUCCAAAGAUGUAAGGUUUAGGUUUAAUAAGUUGUGGGUAUGCGAUGCUGUCACUUGUGGCUACUCAGCAUAUUCCUCGCUCAUUUGAUGCAAACAACACACUUACGAAAUGGGAGAAUCUAAUCACAGCCUUAUCGUCCAGGGACAUGAAUGAAAAGACAGAAGAUGUUGGAAACCUUAGGUGGUUCAGGCAGCUUCUGUGGAGUCAGAACUGGUUAUGUUUCAGAUCCAAGAGCCCCCGGCGGGACUGGUUAAAGAGAAAGUUGGGCUGGCUUUAGGUAGCAGAGACCGCGGGGGAGUGAUGUACAACAAAGUGAAUAUCACCAUAAGACACAUUAGCAGAAUUAGGUCAAUUGGCCCAUUGAGUCUACUCUGCCAUUCUAUCAUGGGUGAUCUAUUAACCCUCUCAACCCCAUUCUCCUGCCUUCUCCCAGUAACCUUUGAUGCUCUGCACAAAUAAGAACCUUUCUACUUUCGCUUUAAAUAUACUCAACGACGUGGCCUCCAAAGCUAUCCAUGACAAUGAAUUCCACGGAUUCACAACUCUCUGGCUAAAAGUCUUUCUCCUCCUCUCUGUUCUAAAUGGAUGCCCCUCUAUUCUGAGGCUGUGCCCUCUAGUCCUAGACUCAUCCACAAUAGGAAACAUCCUUUCCAUAUCCACUCUAUCUAGGCCUUUCAAUUUUCGAUAGGUUUCGAUAAGAUCCACCCUCAUUCUUUUAAACUCCAGCAAGUACAGGCUCAGAGCCAUCAAAAGUUCUUUGUAUGUUACCCCUUACAUUCCCGGAAUCAUCUUUGUGUAUCUUCUCUGGACUUUCUGCAAUGCCAGCGCAUCUUUCCUUGGAUGAGGGGCCCAGAACUGCUCAUGGUAUUCUGUGUGGUCAGACAAAUGCCUUAUGAAGCCUCAGCAUCACAUUCUUGCUUUUAUAUUUAGUCCUCUCAAAAUGAAUUCUAAUGUUUAAUCUGCCUUCCUUACCACCGACUCAACCUAUAAGUUGACGUUUAGGGAAUCCUGCACAAGGACUCCCAAGCCCCUUUGCACUGCUGAUUUUUGAAUUUUCUUCCUGUUUAGAAAAUAGUCUAUGCCUUUAUCCCAUCUACCAAACUGCAUGACCAUACACUUCCCUGCACUAUAUUCCAUCUGCCACUUCUUUGCCCAUUCUCCCAAUCUGUCUAAGUUCUUCUGCUGACUCCCUGCUUCCUCAACACUACAUGCCCCUCCACCUAUCUUUGUAUCAUCUGCAAACUUGGCCACAAAGCCAUUAAUUCCAUCAUCCAAAUAUAUUACAUUGAAAGCAACAGUCCCAAUACAGAGCCCUGUGGAACACCACUAGUCACUGGCAGCCAACCAGAAUGGUCUCUCUCGAUUAUCACUCUUUGCUUCCUGCCAGUCAGCCAAUCUUCUCUCCAUGCUAGUAAUACCUGUAAUACCAUGGGUUCUUACCUUGUAAAGCAGCCUCACGUGGGGCACCUUGUCAAAUGCCUCUGAGAAUCCACGUAAACAACAUUCACUGGCUCUCCUUUGUCUAUCCUGCCUGUUACCUCCUCAAAAAAUUCCAACAGAUUUGUCAGGCAAGAUUUCCCUUUAAAGAAUGCUGACUUUCACCUGGUAAUUAUGUGGUUCCAAGUACUCUGAAACCUCACCCUUAUUAACGGACACUUAACAUCUUCCCAACCACUGAAGUCAGGCUAACUGGCCUAUGAUUUUCUUUCUUCUGCCCUCCUCCCUUCUUGAAGAGUGGAGUUACAUUUGCCAUUUUCCAGUCCUCCAGAACCAUUCCAAAAUCUAGUGAUUCUUGAAAAAUUGUUAAUACCUCCACAAUCUCUUCAGCCACCUCUUUCAGAACCCUGGAUGUAUACCAUUUGGUCCAUGUGAAGGUGAUACCUUCAAACCUUUCAACUUCCCAAGCAUCUUCUCCUUAGUAAUAGCAAUUACACUCACCUGUGCCCACUGACACUCUCGAAUUUCUGGCACACUGCUAGUAUCUUCCACAGUAAAGACUGACACAGUAUACUUACUAAGUUCAUCUGCCAUUUUUUGUUCUCCAUUACUACAUCUCCAGCAUUAUUUUCCAGUAGUCCAAUAUCCACUCUUGCCUCUCUUUUACUGUUUACAAAUCUGAAAAAAAAACUUCUGGUACCUUUUUUAGUUGUUUUCUGUUGGUUUUUAAAACAUUCCAAAUCCACUAACUACCCACUAAUUUUUGCUAUAUUACAUGCUCUCUCUUUUGUUUUUAUGCUGUCUUUGAUUUCUCUUGUCAGCCAUAGUUGCCUUGUCCUGCCUUUAAAAUACUAUUUUAUCUUUGGGAUGUAUCUAUCCUGCUCCUUUCUUUUUUGUAAUUUAUUUUUUAUUGAAUCUCAUCAUCAAACAAACAUUUGCAUAAGAUGUAUUCCAGAUACUGUACAUAUAUAUCAUAUAAUCAAUUUGUCACAAAUCUCCACAUAAUAUUUAUCUGAGGUAUACACUUAUAGAAAGGAGAGGAAAGAAAGAACAAUCGAAAGAAGAAAACUAUGUACAGAGUAGGGAGUGAUUUUUUUUUACAAUUGACUUGUGAGAAUAAAGUCAGGCCUAUCAGGUGUUAUGUAGUUAAACCAUUUUUCCCAGUAUGAAUAAAAUUGU